AUGUGCGAGUGGCCGAACCCAUGGUGGCCUAGUGCCCGCUAUGAGCCCAUCCCAGAAGAUGGCAACGAGGCACAAGAUAGGAUCAUUGGUAAGAAUAUAGCGUUGGAAAAGGAGAAUCGAGAUCUCAAGAAACAACUCGAAGCAACGAACAAGAGAAUCGGGGAACUAGAGAAGACAGUCGUAAAUCAUUACAAGGGCGUCAAAAUCCUCCGAAACAAGGCAGAUCGCAUGCAUUUACUUGACUCCGAGAAGAUCCGACGGCAGGAUGAAUUACUCUCCCAAGCAGACAAACGGGCUGAAGAGACCGAGAAAGCUCACCGUGAGACAGUAAACAAAUUGUAUAACGAGAACAAUUCACUGCAGAUCGGACCAGUGCAGAUGAAUGACGAGCAAAUUACGGCAACGAUGCGGAAACUCGGUCAUGACUUGGACGCAUGGGUCAAGUUGAAUUUCGUAUAUCCCCCGACAGAGGAACCUAGCAACCAAUUUCCGUGCAAUUCUCUUCAGCUUCAGGCUUGGAUCCAAGCAGAUAUCACGCAGAGGAUCCACAACCGCAUUUUUGCUCCGCACCAUUUUGGAGUACGCAAUAGCUACAUGGGUUAUGUGAUUGAAUCGUUGAAAGACGGCAUCGAGAGUACCCGUAUGAUAUGA